UCUGUUACUCCAUCUGGAACACCAUCUGUUACUCCAUCUGGAACACCAUCUGUUAGUGAAACACCAUCAGUAACACCAUCAGGAACCCCAUCUGGCACUCCAUCAGGAACGCCAUCCGUUACGCCAUCAGGAACACCAUCUGUUACUCCAUCUGUAACGCCAACAAAAACAGCUACUCCAACAAGAACAGGGACUGCUACACCAACAAUAACAACAACCACUUCUCACAUCUGUAAGGAUGGAGAACUCACAGAGAUAGCAGUAGAAACACCAAAUGAUCAUUUUACGACUCAAGGUGGUGAUAAAGAUGGGGCUAAAGCAAAACCAGACAGCGACACACCUUGGACAGGUGACGUUGUCAGUGAAUUUGCCGAGAAGCUACCAUACAUCGAAGUAGAUGUCACGAAGGGCGGCAAACCGAUAAAAGAAUUGGUCGGUGUUGAAGUUGAUGGCAAUGUUAAGGGCUACCUUGUGGAGUUAAAGACAGUUACUAGUGGCGAAUUGUUUAUGCCUCUCCCUGCACCAAAUCCAAAGAAUGAGAACUUUCAAGGUGGUACGAUGGAAGUCUUUAAAGAGUCGAAUAGACCGAAGAACGUUUCUGCAGUCCGUUACGUCUUUGUUAAUCCAAAGAAACCUGGUGAUAAGAAAUAUAGCGUAAGGGUCAGGAUAUUCACUUGCGAACACCCAGCAACCAGUACUCCAUCCGGAACACCAUCAGUAACACCAUCAGCAACCCCAUCUGAAACACCAACAGUAACAAAGACUGUAACGCCAUCUGGAACACCUUCAGUGACGCCAUCAGGGACACCAUCGGUUACUGCAACACCAUCUGUGACUCCAUCUGCAACGCCAUCAGUAACACCAUCAGCAACGCCAUCUGAAACACCAUCAGUAUCAUCGACUGGAACACCAUCUGUUACGCCAUCGGGAACACCUUCAGCGACGCCAUCAGGGACACCAUCGGUUACUGCAACGCCAUCUGCAACGCCAUCAAUAACACCAUCGGCCACCCCAUCUGAAACACCAUCGGUAACACAAUCCGUAACAGCAUCUAUUACUGCAACUCCAUCUGUGACGCCAUCUGGAACACCAUCAGGAACGCCGUCAGUAACACCAUCGGCAACGCCAUCUGAAACUCCAUCGGUAUCAUUGACUGGAACACCAUCUGUUACACCAUCUGGAACACCUUCAGUGACGACAUCAGGGACACCAUCGGUUACUGCAACACCAUCUGCAACGCCAUCAAUAACACCAUCAGCCACCCCAUCUGAAACACCAUCCGUAACAGCAUCUAUUACUGGAACACCAUCUGUUACGCCAUCUGGAACACCUUCAGCGACGCAAUCAGGGACACCAUCAGUUACUGCAACACCAUCUGCAACGCCAUCAAUAACACCAUCGGCCACCCCAUCUGAAACACCAUCGGUAACACCAUCCGUAACAGCAUCUAUUACUGGAACACCAUCUGUUACGCCAUCUGGAACACCUUCAGCGACGCCAUCAGGGACACCAUCGGUUACUGCAACACCAUCUCUGACGCCAUCUGCAACGCCAUCAGUAACACCAUCAGCAACGCCAUCUGAAACACCAUCGGUAUCAUCGACUGGAACACCAUCCGUUACACCAUCUGGAACACCUUCAGCGACGCCAUCAGGGACACCAUCGCUUACUGCAACACCGUCUUUAACGCCAUCAGUAACACCAUCGGCCACCCCAUCUGAAACACCAUCGGUAUCAUCGACCGGAACUCCAUCUGUUACGCCAUCUGGAACACCUUCAGCGACGCCAUCAGGGACACCAUCGCUUACUGCAACACCAUCUGCAACGCCAUCAGUAACACCAUCGGUUACUGCAACACCAUCUGCAACUCCAUCAGUAACACCAUCGGCAACGCCAUCUGAAACACCAUCAGUAACACCAUCAGCAACGCCAUCUGAAACACCAUCAGUAUCAUCGACUGGAACACCAUCUGUUACGCCAUCUGGAACACCUACAGCGACGCCAUCAGGGACACCAUCGGUUACUGCAACACCAUCUGUGACGCCAUCUGCAACGCCAUCAGUAACACCAUCGGCCACCCCAUCUGAAACACCAUCGGUAACACCAUCCGUAACAGCAUCUAUUACUGCAACUCCAUCUGUGACGCCAUCUGGAACACCAUCAGGAACGCCGUCAGUAACACCAUCAGCAACGCCAUCUGAAACACCAUCAGUAUCAUCGACUGGAACACCAUCUGUUACGCCAUCUGGAACACCUUCAGCGACGCCAUCAGGGACACCAUCGGUUACUGCAACACCAUCUGUGACACCAUCUGCAACACCAUCAGUAACACCAUCGGCGACGCCAUCUGAAACACCAUCAGUAUCAUCGACUGGAACACCAUCUGUUACGCCAUCUGGAACACCUUCAGCGACGCCAUCAGGGACACCAUCGGUUACUGCAACACCAUCUGUGACACCAUCUGCAACACCAUCAGUAACACCAUCGGCGACGCCAUCUGAAACACCAUCAGUAUCAUCGACUGGAACACCAUCUGUUACGCCAUCUGGAACACCUUCAGCGACGCCAUCAGGGACACCAUCGGUUACUGCAACACCAUCUGCAACGCCAUCAAUAACACCAUCGGCCACCCCAUCUAAAACACCAUCGGUAACACCAUCCGUAACAGCAUCUAUUACUGAAACUCCUUCUGUGACGCCAUCUGGAACACCAUCAGGAACGCCAUCAGUAACAGCAUCGGCAACGCCGUCUGAAACACCAUCGGUAUCAUCAACUGGAACACCAUCGAAAACACCAACACAUACCCCAUCCGAAACGCCAUCGGUCACACCAACAGUAACACAGACUGUAACACCAUCUGUUACGCCAUCAGGGACACCAUCGGUUACUGCAACACCAUCAGUGACGCCAUCUGCAACGCCAUCAGUAACACCAUCAGUAACGCCAUCUGAAACACCAUCGGUGUCCUCGACUGGAACACCAUCUGUUACGCCAACAGGGACACCAUCGGUUACUGCAACACCAUCAGUGACGCCAUCUGCAACGCCAUCAGUAACACCAUCAGCAACGCCAUCUGAAACACCAUCGGUGUCCUCGACUGGAACACCAUCCGUUACGCCAUCUGGAACACCUUCAGUGACACCAUCAGGGACACCAUCGGUUACUGCAACACCAUCUGUGACACCAUCUGCAACGCCAUCAAUAACAUCAUCGGCAACGCCAUCUGAAACACCAUCAGUAUCAUCGACUGGAACACCAUCUGUUACGCCAUCUGGAACACCUUCAGCGACGCCAUCAGGGACACCAUCGGUUACUGCAACACAAUCUGCAACGCCAUCAAUAACACCAUCGGCCACCCCAUCUGAAACACCAUCGGUAACACCGUCCGUAACAGCAUCUAUUACUGCAACUCCUUCUGUGACGCCAUCUGGAACACCGUCAGGAACGCCAUCGGUAACACCAUCGGCAACGCCGUCUGAAACACCAUCGGUAUCAUCAACUGGAACACCAUCGAAAACACCAACACAAACCCCAUCCGAAACGCCAUCGGUCACACCGACAGUAACACCAACAAGAACAACUCCCAUCUCGACGACAACAGAAAACGUUUGCGGGCCGAACCAUGUGCUGAGAAACUUGUUGGAAAGAAUCGACGUUGUGGUUUUACCGCCCAGUGUGAGGAAGGACGACCUUUUGAAUGGAAAAUCUUCUUCUGUAGACAAACAGAAGAAAAUCAGUUUCAAUAUCUUACCUGAUCAGACAAAUGCAUUCGCCUUCGAACUGCAAGGCCUAAACGUUCAGCUAAACAAAUACAAACUAACCAAGUUCGAAAUCGACGUUAAAGGAACCCCAUCAUCGAAAACAAUUGACAUGCUUCCAGAACUUAAGACACCCAUUAGUGAUGUCGAUAUUAGUUCAUUUAUCUUUGAGCCAAAGCAAGUCAACGUUAUCCGAAUUUCUGUGAGCAUUGAGAAGACGCCUGAUGCCAUUGGUGAAGGGUUCAUCCUCUUCAGCCCGACUUAUUGCUACCACGAGCCUCCAAAAGAAGUUACUGGUGCCCCGACAAUCCCACCGACUGAACCAACAAUCGGCACAGUUAGCACAUCUACUGUUACAACAACGACUGAGACAACAACACCAUCCGGAACUCCAUCAAGAACACCAUCUGUUACCCCAUCUGAAACACCAUCUACUACUCCAUCAGUAACACCGUCUGUUACUCCAUCUGAAACACCAUCUAUUACUCCAUCAGGAACCCCAUCAGUUACUCCAUCUGGAACACCAUCAGUUACUCCAACAGCAACACCAUCGGUUACUCCUUCUGUAACACCAUCGACAGCAUCUCCUACUCCAUCAGAGACUGUUACUCCAACUCCAUCAGGAACACCUUCAAUAACGCCAUCUAUUACUGAAACACCAUCUGUUACUCCAUCCGGAACACCAACAGGCACACCAUCCGUUACACCAUCAGGGACUCCAUCGGUUACAUCAACUGGUACUCCCACUCAAACACCAUCAGGAACACCAUCCGUAACACCAUCUGUGACUCCAUCACAAACACCAUCAGCAACUCCAUCAGAAACACCGUCUGUAACAACAGGAACACCAUCAGGAACUCCAUCAGAAACACCAUCUGUAACACCAUCGACAGCUUCUCUUACUCCAUCAGAGACUGUUACUCCAACGCCAUCAGGAACACCAUCAGGAACUCCAUCAGGAACACCUUCAAUAACGCCAUCUGUUACUGAAACACCAUCUGUUACUCCAUCCGGAACACCAACAGGCACACCAUCCGGUACACCAUCAGAGACUGCAUCGAUUACACCAACUGGUACUCCCACUCAAACACCAUCAGGAACACCAUCCGUGACACCGUCUGAAACACCGUCUGUGACUCCAUCCGGAACACCCACAGGCACACCAUCCGGUACACCAUCUGAGACUCCAUCGGUUACACCAACUGCUACUCCCACUCAAACACCAUCAGGAACACCAUCCGUAACACCCUCUGUGACUCCAUCACAAACACCAUCAGUUACUCCAUCAGAAACACCGUCUGUAAAAACAGGAACGCCAUCGGGAACUCCAUCAGAAACACCAUCUGUAACACCAUCGACAGCUUCUCUUACUCCAUCAGAGACUGUUACUCCAACGCCAUCAGGAACACCAUCAGGAACUCCAUCAGAAACACCGUCUGUAACAACAGGAACGCCAUCGGGAACUCCAUCAGGAACACCAUCUGUAUCACCAUCGACAGCUUCUCUUACUCCAUCAGAGACUGUUACUCCAACGCCAUCAGGAACACCUUCAAUAACGCCAUCUGUUACUGAAACACCGUCUGUUACUCCAUCCGGAACACCAACAGGCACACCAUCCGGUACACCAUCAGAGACUCCAUCGUUUACACCAACUGGUACUCCCACUCAAACACCAUCAGGAACGCCGUCCGAAACACCGUCUGAAACACCGUCAGUUACUCCAUCCGGAACACCCACAGGCACACCAUCCGGUACACCAUCUGAGACUCCAUCGGUUACACCAACUGCUACUCCCACUCAAACACCAUCAGGAACACCAUCCGUAACACCAUCUGUGACUCCAUCACAAACACCAUCAGUUACUCCAUCAGAAACACCGUCUGUAACAACAGGAACGCCAUCAGGAACUCCAUCAGAAACACCAUCUGUAACACUAUCGACAGCUUCUCUAACUCCAUCAGAGACUGUUACUCCAACGCCAUCAGGAACACCAUCAGGAACUCCAUCAGGAACACCUUCAAUAACGCAAUCUGUCACUGAAACACCAUCCGUUACUCCAUCCGGAACACCAUCAGGCACACCAUCCGGUACACCAUCAGAGACUCCAUCGGUUACACCAACUGCUACUCCCACUCAAACACCAACAGGAACACCAUCCGUAACACCAUCUGUCACUCCAUCAGAAACACCAUCAGUUACUCCAUCAGCAACACCGUCUGUAACAACAGGAACACCAUCUGGAACUCCAUCAGAAACACCAUCUGUAACACCAUCGACAGCUUCUCUUACUCCAUCAGAGACUGUUACUCCAACGCCAUCAGGAACACCAUCAGGAACUCCAUCAGGAACACCUUCAAUAACGCAAUCCGUUACUGAAACACCAUCCGUUACUCCAUCCGGAACACCAACAGGCACACCAUCCGGUACACCAUCAGAGACUCCAUCGGUUACACCAACUGGUACUCCCACUCAAACACCAUCAGGAACACCAUCCGUAACACCAUCAGGAACACCAUCCGUAACACCAUCCGUAACACCAUCCGUAACACCAUCCGUAACACCAUCCGUAACACCAUCCGUAACACCAUCCGUAACACCAUCCGUAACACCAUCCGUAACACCAUCCGUAACACCAUCCGUAACACCAUCUGUGACUCCAUCACAAACACCAUCAGUUACACCAUCAGAAACACCGUCUGUAACAACAGGAACGCCAUCAGGAACUCCAUCAGGAACACCAUCUGUAACUAUAUCGACAGCUUCUCUUACUCCAUCAGAGACUGUUACUCCAACGCCAUCAGGAACACCAUCAGGAACUCCAUCAGGAACUCCAUCAGGAACUCCAUCAGGAACACCUUCUAUAACGCCAUCUGUUACUAAAACACCAUCCGUUACUCCAUCCCGAACACCAACAGGCACACCAUCCAGUACACCAUCAGAGACUCCAUCGGUUACACCAACUGGUACUCCCACUGAAACACCUUCAGGAACACCAUCCGUAACACCCUCUGUGACUCCAUCACAAACACAAUCAGUCACUCCAUCAGAAACACCGUCUGUAACACCAUCGACAGCUUCUCUUACUCCAUCAGAAACUGUUACUCAAACGCCAUCAGGAACACCAUCAAGAACUCCAUCAGGAACACCUUCAAUAACGCAAUCUGUCACUGAAACACCAUCCGUUACUCCAUCCGGAACACCAACAGGCACACCAUCCGGUACACCAUCAGAGACUCCAUCGGUUACACCAACUGCUACUCCCACUCAAACACCAACAGGAACACCAUCCGUAACACCAUCUGUGACUCCAUCACAAACACCAUCAGUUACACCAUCAGAAACACCGUCUGUAACAACAGGAACGCCAUCAGGAACUCCAUCAGAAACACCAUCUGUAACACCAUCGACAGCUUCUCUUACUCCAUCAGAGACUGUUACUCCAACGCCAUCAGGAACACCAUCAGGAACUCCAUCAGGAACGCCUUCAAUAACGCAAUCCGUUACUGAAACACCAUCCGUUACUCCAUCCGGAACACCAACAGGCACACCAUCCGGUACACCAUCAGAGACUCCAUCGGUUACACCAACUGGUACUCCCACUAAAACACCAUCAGGAACACCAUCCGUAACACCAUCUGUAACACCAUCCGUAACACCAUCUGUGACUCCAUCACAAACACCAUCAGUUACUCCAUCAGAAACACCAUCUGUAACAACAGGAACGCCAUCAGGAACUCCAUCAGGAACACCAUCUGUAACACCAUCGACAGCUUCUCUUACUCCAUCAGAGACUGUUACUCCAACGCCAUCAGGAACACCAUCAGGAACUCCAUCAGGAACACCUUCAAUUACGCCAUCUGUUACUGAAACACCGUCUGUUACUCCAUCCGAAACACCAACAGGCACACCAUCCGGUACACCAUCAGAGACUCCAUCGGUUACACCAACUGCUACUCUCACUCAAACACCAUCAGGAACGCCAUCCGAAACACCGUCUGAAACACCGUCUGUUACUCCAUCCGGAACACCAACAGGCACACCAUCAGGUACACCAUCAGAGACUCCAUCGGUUACACCAACUGGUACUCCCACUCAAACACCAUCAGGAACACCAUCCGUAACACCCUCUGUGACUCCAUCACAAACACAAUCAGUCACUCCAUCAGAAACACCGUCUGUAACAACAGGAACGCCAUCUGGAACUCCAUCAGAAACACCAUCUGUAACACCAUCGACAGCUUCUCUUACUCCAUCAGAGACUGUUACUCCAACGCCAUCAGGAACACCAUCAGGAACUCCAUCAGGAACACCUUCAAUUACGCCAUCUGUUACUGAAACACCGUCUGUUACUCCAUCCGAAACACCAACAGGCACACCAUCCGGUACACCAUCAGAGACUCCAUCGGUUACACCAACUGCUACUCUCACUCAAACACCAUCAGGAACGCCAUCCGAAACACCGUCUGAAACACCGUCUGCUACUCCAUCCGGAACACCAACAGGCACACCAUCAGGUACACCAUCAGAGACUCCAUCGGUUACACCAACUGGUACUCCCACUCAAACACCAUCAGGAACACCAUCGGGAACUCCAUCUGUGACUCCAUCAAAAACACCAUCAGUCACUCCAUCAGAAACACCGUCUGUAACAACAGGAACGCCAUCUGGAACUCCAUCAGAAACACCAUCUGUAACACCAUCAACAACUUCUCUUACUCCAUCAGAGACUGUUACUCCAACUCAAUCAGGAACACCUUCAAUAACGCCAUCUGUUACUGAAACACCGUCUGUUACUCCAUCAGAAACACCAACAGGCACACCAUCCGGUACACCAUCAGAGACUCCAUCGGUUACACCAACUGGUACUCCCACUCAAACACCAUCAGGAACACCAUCCGUAACUCCAUCUGUGACUCCAUCAAAAACACCAUCAGUCACUCCAUCAGAAACACCGUCUGUAACAACAGGAACGCCAUCAGGAACUCCAUCAGAAACACCAUCUGUAACACCAUCGACAGCUUCUCUUACUCCAUCUGAGACUGUUACUCCAACGCCAUCAGGAACACCAUCAGGAACUCCAUCAGGAACACCAUCAGGAACACCAUCAGGAACACCAUCAGGAACACCAUCAGGAACUCCAUCAAUAACGCCAUCUUUUACUGAAACACAAUCCGUUACUCCAUCCGGAACACCAACAGGCACACCGUCCGGUACACCAUCAGAGACUCCAUCGGUCUCACCAACUGGUACUCCCUCUCAAACACCAUCAGGAACGCCAUCCGUAACACCGUCUGAAACACCGUCUGUUACUCAAUCAGAAACGCCAUCAGUUACGCCAUCAGGAACACCAUCUGUGACUCCAUCAGAAACACCAUCAGUUACUCCAUCAGAAACACCGUCUGUAACACCAUCGACAGCUUCUCUUACUCCAUCAGAGACUGUUACUCCAACGCCAUCAGGAACACCAUCAGGAACUCCAUCAGGAACACCUUCAAUAACGCCAUCUCUUACUGCAACACCGUCUGUAACUCCAUCAGAAACACCGACAGGCACACCAUCCGUUACACCAACUGGUACUCCCUCUCAAACACCAUCAGAAACGCCAUCUGUAACACCGUCUGAAACACCGUCUGUUACUCCAUCAGGAACACCAUCCGUGACUCCAUCAGAAACACCAUCAGUUACUCCAUCAGAAACACCGUCUAAAACACCAGGAACGCCAUCUGGAACUCCAUCAGAAACACCAUCUGUAACACCAUCGACAGCUUCUCUUACUCCAUCAGUGACUGUUACUCCAACUCCAUCAGGAACACCUUCAAUAACGCCAUCUCUUACUGCAACACCGUCAGUUACUCAAACAGAAACACCAACAGGCACACCAUCGGUUACACCAACUGGUACCCCCUCUCAAACACCAUCAGGAACGCCAUCCGUAACACCGUCUGAAACACCGUCUGUUACACCAUCAGGAACACCAUCUGUUACUCCAUCAGAAACACCAUCUGUUACUCCAUCAGAAACACCAUCUGUCACCCCAUCGACAGCCUCUCCUACUCCAUCAGAGACUGUUACUCUAACUCCAUCAGGAACUCCAUCAGGAACACCUUCAAUAACGUCAUCUGUUACUCCAUCUGUAACACCAUCGACAGCUUCACUUACUCCAUCUGUUACUCCAUCAGAGACACCUUCUGUUACUCCAACGGGAACACCACCAUCAACACCAACAGUAACACCAUCGGUUACACCAUCAGUAACAUCAUCAGGAACACCGACAGAAACUGCAACCCCAACAGGAACGGCUACCUCAACAGGAACUGCUACUCAAACAGUAACGACACAAUCAACAACAACACCAUCAGGCACGCCGACUGCUACUGGAACACCAUCUGAAACACCGUCAGGUACUCAAUCAGUAACACCAACGAUCACCCAAUCUGUAACACCAUCCGUAACUCCAUCAGAAACUCCAUCGGUAACACCAUCUGCGACUCCAUCAACAACACCAUCAACAGCUUCUCCAACUCCAUCCGAAACACCAUCACGAACGCCAUCAGUAACACCUACCGCCACGCCAACUCCAACUGCAACACCAUCAGUUACAACACCAACUGUCACGCUGUCGACAACUACUGAAUGCAAGGCAUGUGUCGUCAAACUGAACUGUAAUGAAUCUGAAGAGGCUAUUGGUCAAGCAGCAUUGCUGCGACGAUUCUAUGGAAACAAUUUUGGGCAGAACGCUUUUAGAUACAACAGUGAGUGUGAAAAGUAUGCAGAAGAGGGCUGCUGUCAAGGAGCUGUACGGUCUAAGGUCGACCCCAAGCUCUGCAUAAUCCGACCAGAAGAUUGCCAAACUACAACAUCAACACCAACAUCAACACCUACCACAACUGCAACUCCCACGCCAACAACUCCAUGUGUACCAAGGGAGACAAAAUGUGUUCUACAAGGAGAAUGUGGGUAUGCUCAAUGGGGAUUUACUGAGCUCUUGCAGAAAUUUAACGGUACAAUGGAUGUUAUGAAUGCUUGCAACGACAUGAACAAGUGCUGCCCAGAAGGAAGCAUCAAGGUACCAUACGAUUUGAAUGGUCUAGCGUCGAAUUUCUUCGUUUGUGUGUGGCCCCCAAAACAAACAUGUGAAACUGUCAACUCGACUACCGCUCCCACGACCACUACGAAAUGCCCUGUUGUUCCCGCGAACUGCUCCUUUGAGGUACCUUGCUACCAAGAGAGGAAUGAUAAAUACAGGCCAGAAGGGUCGCCAGAGCCAGAAUACUGCGAGGCUUUCACAACAAGUUGUCCUUGUCCAAAGGGCUAUUCGAGUGACGGAAUUAAUGGCAAGAAGCCGUAUUGUACCAAGUCAAAGGGAGAUACUUGUGUUCCAUGUAACUGUAGAGGUGUAGAGCUCAAGAGUGGUCAAACCUGUUGUUUCUCUGACCAUUACAAUUGCAAAUGUAGUUACAAUGCCGCAACUGGUUUUAGCUGGACCGAGUGUAAAGAAUCACCAUCCUGCGUGACCACGACACCGACGCCGACAGUAUCCACGACGCCUGUUACACCCUCGAUUUCAACUGGCUCAAUAUCAACACCGUCAAUCUCAACUCCAACAGUCACUACGGUUACUGUUACCCUGCCAUCGACACCCUUCACAACACCGACCACAACGCCAAAGAACUGCACAUGUGAUCAAGAUAUCUACAGCCAGAACGAAGACGUAUCACUCCUGUAUGAUGGAGAAUCUACCUCCGGUAACUGGAAGGACGGUCUAUUCACACUUGGACAAAGCAUGCCAACCGGAUGGUAUCCGGCUGCAAGUGAUGCUGAAAAGGAGAUGACCUUGAAUUUCAAAGCAGAGGUCAAAAUUCAGUCCUUCAGCGUCAGACCAGUCAACAUUGAUGCGCUGGAGGUCCUCUGUAAACCAAAAGGAGUUGGAGCACCAUGGGAAUCACUGCAGUACAACUCGAAAAAGUACUUUGACCUCAAAGAUGACGCAGGAAAGCUUUUCACGUAUACGCUCGAUCAAGUUAAGAGGUGCCUGAAGAUCAAGUUUAAAGUCACUAAGACAUCAGCACCAAUCAAGGGACAAGUCACAUCGGAUCCAAACAUCGCCUUUGCCAUACUUGGAUGCAGCUUUGACCCCAAAUGUGACGAAUGUCCUCCUGGUACAGUGUUUGAGGAGUGUAAUUGCAAAGUUGGUGAACCCGACUGCGGCUGCGCAACAACAUGCGAGGACUUGGCCAACGCAGGCAAAAACGUACAGUGCCAACUGAAAGAUAACGGAAAGUGCAAUAGGGGAUGCUACUGCAAGUGGCCUCAUGUCAUCCACAAUGGCAAGUGCAUAAAGAAGAGCGAAUGCCCAUGUUGGUAUGAUGGCAAAGUUUACAAGAUCAAUGAGACAAUAUCUACAAAUGAGAAGAAGUGUGAGAAAAUGAUAUGCCAGGGACCCUCAGGCAUCACAACCAAAUACAAACCAUGUAACUGCACUGAUCCAGACAAGGAGCCCCACGAAUGUGCCUGCAAGAAGACAUGUGCCAUGCCAAAUAAGGAAUGCAAACAAUGCGAAAAAGCAGGCUGUGUCUGCAAGGACGGCAUGGUCGAGAAUAAGAAUGGCAAAUGCAUUCCUGUGGAUGAGUGCAUCAGGUGUAAACCAAUAGGCACAUCAGUGAAAAACUGCCGAAACUGUACUUGCAAAGCGGAUGGAACUGAAACAUGUACCGAGCCUGUCUGUAACACGACUGAUGCAGACUGCAGGGAAGAAAACCCUAACGCUUUCGUCAAGAAAACGGACGAUGGAUGCUGCUUUUGCAGCGAUUGCCCAUGUGAAUUCACAUUCGAAGGUGACAAGGAACCAACUUGCUUGAAGAACGGUCAAGUCGAACAACGAAAGUGCCAGCUAGUUACAUGCGAAAGACAAAAGCCUAAUGUCAAGGAAAUCAAGUGCGAAGAACUGAAAUGUGGAAAGGGUGAAUGCAAACGUGAGCCCAACGAGGAUGAGUGCUGUGGCACGUGCGAAAAAUGCCCCAUAACGACACCGACAACAUCAACAACAACACCAGCAACGACUACCCCCACACCAACAGCAACCGAACCGACACCAAUACCAACUAGGCCAAGCGUUGAAGGUUGUGCGCCUGAGGAUGCUUUUGACGCCAUUGAGAAGUACGGUAAGGAGGUCAAGGUCACGGUCAGGCCUGGUGACGUGAAGAUACCAACCAGUGACGUCACAAGCAAAGGAAAAGGUUGGACGCCACCAAGCGGAUCAGUCGAGCCGAAGAUUUACUUUACGUUCCCUAGUAAAAUGAAUUACAGUCAUAUCACCUUCAAGACUACCAAAGAUUUCAGCUUCAAGAUUCUGCUGUCUGACGAGACACUGGAAGACGAAGAAUACUACAAGGAAGAGACCAGUACGGGAGCCAUGGAAGUGAAGGUCUACAAGACAAAGCAAAACACAAUAAACGGAGUGGUCAACAUCACAGCCCCAGUGCCACAGGCCUACAGGACCAUUGGUAUCAAAUUUGAAGGCACAGUCAGUGAGGUCAUAACCAUUACUGACUUUACCAUAUUUGGCUGUUCAAAAGUGGCCACCCCCACACCAUCCGUUACGCCAUCUGCGACUCCAUCAGCAACUCCAUCAGUAACGUCAUCAGUAACUCAAUCAGGAACACCAACAGGAACGCUUACUCCAACUCCGACGGUACAAACGACUACACCACAUGUAUGUUCAGAUGGUUCCCAGCUCAAGGACAUCAUGAAAGAUCCCAACAGAGUCCCAGAUAGCCAAAUUACUGGUAAAGGCACCAAUCUCGACGGUACAACCCCGAAAGACUCUCGGCCCACUGGCAAAGGAUGGAGCACUGAUACAGUUCCUCGGGAUGACAAGAACAAACCCUCCAUAACAAUAGAUGUAACAAGCACCAAAUACCCCUCCACUACAAUCAGAACAAUCAAGGUAGAAGGCAAUGCCAAGAUUGUCAAUAUUGAGUACAAGCCACCAGGCUCCAGCGAGUUUAAGGUUCUUCAGCCAGGGAAACAGUUUGAGCUACCGACCUCCAAAGAAAUUGUUCUACAAGUUCCAGUCGUGGCUACAGAGGUGCGAGUUGUGCUUGUUGCACCAAACGACGGUGACGAAAUGUUCAAAAAUAUCAAAGUGGCAGUCCAUGUUUGUGAUGAGAAAGUAUCCACACCAAGUGUUACACCUUCCACACCAACUCCAUCAGGAACUGCUACACCAACAGGAACACCGACUUCAACAGGAACACCAUUCUCGUCAACCAUUUCACCUCCGACAGAAGUUACAAUAACUCCACCAUCGACGACUCCAUCAUUAACACCAUCUGUGACUCCAUCGGUAACACCAUCGGUUACUCCAUCAGAAACACCAUCGGUUACUCCAUCGGUAACAGCAUCAGAAACACCAUCUGUUACUCUUACCCCUACAGGAACUGCCACUCCAACAGCUACAGCUACUCAAACAGGAACACCAUCAGUAACUCCAACACCGACAGUUCAAACCACCACACCACAUGUGUGUUCAGAUGGUUCCCAGCUCAAGGACAUCAUGAAAGAUCCCAACAGAGUCCCAGAUAGCCAAAUUACUGGUAAAGGCACCAAUCUCUUCGGUACAACCCCGAAAGACUCUCGGCCCACUGGCAAAGGAUGGAGCACUGAUACAGUUCCUCGGGAUGACAAGAACAAACCCUCCAUAACAAUAGAUGUAACAAGCACCAAAUACCCCUCCACUACAAUCAGAACAAUCAAGGUAGAAGGCAAUGCCAAGAUUGUCAAUAUUGAGUACAAGCCACCAGGCUCCAGCGAGUUUAAGGUUCUUCAGCCAGGGAAACAGUUUGAGCUACCGACCUCCAAAGAAAUUGUUCUACAAGUUCCAGUCGUGGCUACAGAGGUGCGAGUUGUGCUUGUUGCACCAAACGACGGUGACGAAACGUUCAAAAAUAUCAAAGUGGCAGUCCAUGUUUGUGAUGAGAAAAUAUCCACACCAAGUGUUACACCUUCCACACCAACUCCAUCAGGAACUGCUACACCAACAGGAACACCGACUUCAACAGGAACACCAUUCUCGUCAACCAUUUCACCUCCGACAGAAGUUACAAUAACUCAAUCAUCAACGACUCCAUCAUCAACACCAUCUGUGACUCCAUCGGUAACACCAUCUGUUACACCAUCAGAAACACCAUCGGUUACUCCAUCAGAAACACCAUCGGUUACUCCAUCGGUAACAGCAUCAGAAACACCAUCAGUGACUUCAUCUGGAACACCAUCUGUUACUCCAACCCCUACAGGAACUGCCACUCCAACAGGUACAGCGACUCAAACAGGAACACCAUCAGUAACUCCAACACCGACAGUCCAAACCACCACACCACAUGUGUGUUCAGAUGGUUCCCAGCUCAAGGACAUCAUGAAAGAUCCCAGCAGAGUCCCAGAUAGCCAAAUUACUGGUAAAGGCACCAAUCUCGACGGUACAACCCCGAAAGACUCUCGGCCCACUGGCAAAGGAUGGAGCACUGAUACAGUUCCUCGGGAUGACAAGAACAAACCCUCCAUAACAAUAGAUGUAACAAGCACCAAAUACCCCUCCACUACAAUCAGAACAGUCAAGGUAGAAGGCAAUGCCAAGAUUGUGAAUAUUGAGUACAAGCCACCAGGCUCCAGCGAGUUUAAGGUUCUUCAGCCAGGGAAACAGUUUGAGCUACCAACCUCCAAAGAAAUUGUUCUACAAGUUCCAGUCGUGGCUACAGAGGUGCGAGUUGUGCUCGUUGCACCAAAAGACGGUGCUGAAACGUUCAAAAAUAUCAAAGUGGCAGUCCAUGUUUGUGAUGAGAAAGUAUCCACACCAAGUGUUACACCUUUCACACCAACUCCAUCAGGAACUGCUACACCAACAGGAACACCGACUUCAACAGGAACACCAUUCUCUUCAACAAUUUCACCUCCGACAGAAGUUACAAUAACUCCACCAUCAACGACUCCAUCAUUAACACCAUCUGUGACUCCAUCGGUAACACCAUCUGUUACUCCAUCAGAAACACCAUCGGUUACUCCAUCGGUAACACCAUCGGUUACUCCAUCAGAAACACCAUCGGUUACUCCAUCGGUAACAGCAUCAGAAACACCAUCAGUGACUCCAUCUGGAACACCAUCUGUUACUCCAACCCCUACAGGAACUGCCACUCCAACAGGUACAGCGACUCAAACAGGAACACCAUCAGUAACUCCAACACCGACAGUCCAAACCACCACACCACAUGUGUGUUCAGAUGGUUCCCAGCUCAAGGACAUCAUGAAAGAUCCCAACAGAGUCCCAGAUAGCCAAAUUACUGGUAAAGGCACCAAUCUCUUCGGUACAACCCCGAAAGACUCUCGGCCCACUGGCAAAGGAUGGAGCACUGAUACAGUUCCUCGGGAUGACAAGAACAAACCCUCCAUAACAAUAGAUGUAACAAGCACCAAAUACCCCUCCACUACAAUCAGAACAAUCAAGGUAGAAGGCAAUGCCAAGAUUGUGAAUAUUGAGUACAAGCCACCAGGUGCCAGCGAGUUUAAGGCUCUUCAGCCAGGGAAACAGUUUGAGCUACCGACCACCAAAGAAAUUGUUCUACAAGUUCCAGUCGUGGCUACAGAGGUGCGAGUUGUGCUUGUUGCACCAAACGACGGUGACGAAACGUUCAAAAAUAUCAAAGUGGCAGUCCAUGUUUGUGAUGAGAAAGUAUCCACACCAAGUGUUACACCUUUCACACCAACUCCAUCAGGAACUGCUACACCAACAGGAACACCGACUUCAACAGGAACACCAUUCUCUUCAACAAUUUCACCUCCGACAGAAGUUACAAUAACUCCACCAUCAACGACUCCAUCAUUAACACCAUCUGUGACUCCAUCGGUAACACCAUCUGUGACUAUAUCGGUAACACCAUCGGUUACUCCAUCAGAAACACCAUCGGUUACUCCAUCUGUAACAGCAUCAGAAACACCAUCAGUGACUCCAUCUGGAACACCAUCUGUUACUCCAACCCCUACAGGAACUGCCACUCCAACAGCUACAGCUACUCAAACAGGAACAUCAUCAGUAACUCCAACACCGACAGUCCAAACCACUACACCACAUGUGUGUUCAGAUGGUUCCCAGCUCAAGGACAUCAUGAAAGAUCCCAACAGAGUCCCAGAUAGCCAAAUUACUGGUAAAGGCACCAAUCUCGACGGUACAACCCCGAAAGACUCUCGGCCCACUGGCAAAGGAUGGAGCACUGAUACAGUUCCUCGGGAUGACAAGAACAAACCCUCCAUAACAAUAGAUGUAACAAGCACCAAAUACCCCUCCACUACAAUCAGAACAAUCAAGGUAGAAGGCAAUGCCAAGAUUGUCAAUAUUGAGUACAAGCCACCAGGCUCCAGCGAGUUUAAGGCUCUUCAGCCAGGGAAACAGUUUGAGCUACCGACCUCCAAAGAAAUUGUUCUACAAGUUCCAGUCGUGGCUACAGAGGUGCGAGUUGUGCUUGUUGCACCAAACGACGGUGACGAAAUGUUCAAAAAUAUCAAAGUGGCAGUCCAUGUUUGUGAUGAGAAAGUAUCCACACCAACUGUUACAACAUCAGUUGCACCUCCGACAGUAGUUACAAUAACUCCACCAUCAACAACUCCAUCGUUAACACCAUCUGUGACUCAAUCAGGAACACCAUCGGUUACUCUAUCAGGAACACCAUCAAUAACUCCAUCUGGAACACCGUCUGUUACUCCAUCAGAAACACCAUCUGUUACUUCAUCAGUCACACCAUCUGUUACUCCAUCAGGAACCCCAUCAGGAACUCCAUCUACACCAUCAGUCACUGGAACUGGAACGCCAUCUACCCAAUCUACGCCAUCAGUGACUCCAACAAGAACACCAUCUACGCCAACAGUGACUCAAACAGAGACACCAACUGUAACACCACCCACGCCAACCACAACUCCAACUCCGUCUACGCCAACACUAACUGGAACAGCAACAGUGGAGACACCUACACCCACUGGAACAGAGACUACCACAUCUUCACCAACCGUAUCAACGUCAACUGUCGGUUACUGUAAGGUCAACGGAACUGAGAGGAAGGUCGGUGAGAAAUGGAAGUUACCUGACUACAAGGGUGGCGAGCUCUGCGGUGAAUGUACUUGUGACGAGGAUUACAGCGUACAGUGUACUAAACCAGAGUGUCCGGAUACAUUCGCGUCAUGCAAGGCUAAAGGGGGUAUCCUAAAGGUUGUGAAAGGACAAUGUUGCCCAGAGUGUGUAUCAACCUGUCAGCCGUCGAAGGUGAAGGUGCCAGUGACUAUUGGCGACUGUCAGUCAACUGAAUCGAUCGAGCUCUCUCAGUGUUCUGGGAGCUGCCCAACAACUGCCGUGUUUGACGCGAAUAGCCCAACCCUCAUGAAGAACAAGUGCGAAUGUUGCCAGCCAUCAGUGACCGAGAAAAAGAGUAUCACACUGAAAUGCGUAGGUGGAUCUACCAAGACUCACACGUACACUGCGAUAACGGCGUGCGGCUGCUCCAAGUGCGAAAACGUGCAGAAGCAAGUCAAACAGAAUGUCAAGCAGCCCAAACUCACAAAGACACUCAGUAAAAUUAAGAGGUCGAUAUUCAAUUAGACAAGGCAAUUUCAGAUUUCUGUAGACGUUCUCAAUCUUUGCCAAUCUCAUUGCAAAGAGAAAAUACAAAAAAAUACGAAGAUAAGAUUUCCAAAAGAAAUGAUUAUCUCCGGUCUCUAUCAUAUGUUCUGGCAAUGACUAAUAAAUUCAAGUAGCAACAUAAAAAACA